AUGCUUGGCAUGGAAGCAGCUAUCAUCGAAAAUUCUCUGCGGGAGGCCCAAAAGUCUCUCAGAGUUGUGCGCGGCUUUGUAGACACAAUUGAGGCUUUGAAAGCAUCUAACGCGGAUCUCAAAUUUUACAUCAUGUCCAACAUAUCUGUGAUCUUCGCUUCGGGAAACGAAGGAAUGCGAAAGCCAGAGCUAGGCUUCUGGCGCCACGUCCUCAAUCAGAUUGGAGUAAGGCCAGAGCAGGCAAUCAUGAUUGACGAUACGGUUGAGAACAUAUGUGCCGCUCGUUCUCUCGGAAUCCAUGGGUUGCUGGUUGACUCCAAGCAUCCUAAUAAAGCCCGCAACGUACUCCAUAACCUCUUGGGGGACCCUGAAGCACGAGCACAGGCAUUUAUGAAGUCACACGCAACGAACCACAUAUGUGUAGUUGAAGGGCUCCAGGACGUCACUAUAAAGGACAAUUUCUCUCAGCUCAUGAUUUGGGAGCUGACAGGAGAUUCGACCUUGGUUGAUCUUCGUUGGCCUGGUGGCAAGCUGCUGAAAGACAAAGACUGUGCGCCUGGCGAGCGGAUCUUCAGUAUGAACGACAUGGCUAACGGGGCUUCCCCUGAUGACAUCAAGAAUAAUGUCGAGUUGGGACUCUGGAACUACUUCUGCGACAAGCCAGUUCUGACAACCCGGGACUUUCCUCCCGACGCUGACACGACUUCAACAGCAUAUGUAUCCCUUCCUGAGGAGUAUUUAUCACGCAUUGCACCUCCCAGACUAGUCUUGGACAUGAUGGCAGCCAACACAGACAAUGAUGGUAUCAUGCAGACCUACUUCUGCACAGAACGGCCCCGGAAAAGCCCCGAAGUCUGCUGCAACAUCUUGCGAGCCUUCAACCGCUUCGGUCACAUGCUGGACGCUAAUCUCAACAUCGAAGCUACCAAAGCCUGGGUCGUAGACAGCCUCAACAACGACGCCUGUCUAGAUGGAAGCAGGCACUAUUCAACACCAGAAGCCUUCCUCUACCUUGUUGCUCGUCUAUACGACGAGUGCAGGGAUGCCCAGCUGAAGCAGAACUUAGAGCCUGUGAAGAAGAAGCUCAGGGAAAGGAUCAAUACACAGGUCAACCCUUUGGCGCUGGCAAUGCGACUCUUCGCAUGCCAAAAGGUGUCCAUUUCCUCCAGCCUCUACCAGAAGGAUUUGAAAACCUUCAUGUCUUUGCAAGAGGUAGACGGUGGCUGGCCGGCAGGACACUUCUGUUGUUAUGGCAGGACCGGAGCUUUGAUUGGAAACCGCGGCCUUACGACUGCGCUGGCAAUUUGCAUCAUGCAACAUGAGAAGACGGUCGAUUCAUUUGGCAUGGGUAACUAG